AUGAAUGAAAGCCAGUUAAAAAGUAUCCCAACACUGGUUUUAGGAGACUUACCACCUAGAGAACGUGAACAUUAUUUUAAGUUUUUAGUUGAAAAUGAAGUCCAAUUCGUGGAAGACGAGCAUGGCUACUUUGUGGCAGUUAUAAGAGUGAUAAAUCCCAAACGUAAUGAUUAUUUAGUUAAUUCGACAACCACAAAAAAAGCAAAAGGAGAUAAACAGAGGCUAUUUCAAAGCACUUUUUCUUACCAGCAAAAGGUAGUUUCUAAUGAAAGCCCUAAAGAAGAGCCAUCAAGCCAGAGAAGCAAAAGUGUAAAAAAUAAACAGAAAACCCCUAACUCCCACCCCAGUAAGCAAUUUCUUGCUUAUUCGUAUUAAAUUUUAUAUGAAUAGAUUGAAAAUUGCUUAUUAUUGGGGAGAAAUGUCAAAAAUUGGAUUUUUCAAUUUUUAUCUGAAAAUCCCCAAUAAAAAGCAAUUUUCAAUCUAUUCAUAUAAAAUUUACUAUUUCAAAAUUUGGGACUAAAACCCCCAAGGAUUUUCUAUUACUGGGAGAGGAAAAGAAAUAUUAGCCCAUUUAAGCCAGAUUUUUCCCCAAAUCAAAUGAAAGGGAUUUCUGAUUUUCUUGAUCAAGAUAUGUCACAAAGCUUUGUAGGUUUUAUAUAGAAAAAUAAUGGGGAGAGUAUGGAUACAAAGAGAUCGGUUAAUUCUAAGACUCCAGAUAGGCAGAGAGAAGAUCCUAUGAAAGUAUUCUUAAAAAAUACAAAAUUCCAGAAUAUGGUAAAUUUAUUAAAAUUACAAUCAGGAACUCAUUUAAGGCCAAAAAUAUUAUCAAUUGGAAACUUAAUAAGGGCUAUUGAAGAAAUAUAUAACGCAAAAUAUAAGCAAGAUACAGCGAUUAUUGAAGAAGAGCUAGUAAGGAAAGCAUCAAAUAAGCAGCCUGUGCCAUUUCCUGAAUUUGUUGCUGAUUAUUUGGCUGAUAAAUAUAAAAACCGCAGGAUGAUUGAACAAAACACUAUAGAUUUAUGCCAGUCAUUAGAAACUUAUGAAAAAGACUACGUAGAAAUCAAAACUUUUUCCAAUUUUUUAACUGCGUUUUUGGAUAGUGAUGAUUUAAUUUUCUUUUUAUUUGUAAGAAACUCCAUACAAAAAAUCUUAGGCUUGCAAUUUGCACCUAAAUUCCCAGGCCAAAGAGUUACAGAAGACACAAGAUCAAUAUUUUUAAACAUGAAGCAAUGCAUAAAAGUCACAAAUGUCGUUUUCGCUGACGAAGAAUCUCUACAAAAAACUUUUAUAAGCCAAGUCGACAAGGUAAUGCAAAAUUCUGAUAACUUAGAAUCUCUUAUAAACGUAGCUUCCUUUAUGGAGUUAUUUUUAGAAAUUUAUCAUGAAGUCCAGCCAUCCCGCCAUAUGAUGAAUUCUAACCUUUCUCCUUUCCACUCAGACGAUUCUCCAAAACACCAAGAAGAUAUUCUUUAUUAAUUUAAAUAAAAAAAAAAUAAAAAAAAAUUUAAAUUAAAAUAUUCAAUAAAAAUAAUUAUACAUUUGCUGAAAGCAUGAUUCACCAUGAAAAUGAAUUUGAAGGGGAAAGCGAAAUACUUAAAAGCCUUGAUUUCAGUAGCAUGCUAAAAAGCGUGUAUUCAGCUCCUAAAGAUACACCUCCAUUAUUGUCAGAAAAAAUGAUGAAAAGUAGUGACUUUUUUGAAAAAAAAUCAAAUGAGAAUUCUGAGUCAAAAUUACCAGAAAUGCCAGUUAGGGUUGCACAGAGACCUGUUGAGCCUGUAAUAAAAAUAGCUGAGCCAGUAAGAAAAGGCAGCACUCCUCGCCAAUCUCCUCAAGAUGAUUUAAAAAAGUCUUGCAUUGAUUAUUCAGAUUCUAAGCUGGUUGACCAAUUUGUGCUACUUAUCCUUAAAUCUCUUACUGAUGUCCCACGGCCUGUAAUAACAGAAAUCCGCCCACAAGUAGUUUCAUAUCUGUCUGCAAAAAUGACUGGCUUAAUAGAAGCUCUUUUUAGCUUUGAUAAGCGAAGAUGGCUAGAACUUCUGGAAACUGACAAUAAAGAAUCAUUAAAACAUGUAGAAGUUUUACAAAAACAAGUGAGGCAGCUGCAGAGAACAAUGGCUUCAGAAGAAGAUAUUGAUAGCAUAUGCCGAACUAUUUUGCAGACUCCUGAAUUGAAAAAACUUAUAGGUUCUCAUAUUACGAAUUUAUCACAACAAUAUGCUAAUAAGUGAUAA